AUGUCUCGUCCUGGAGUAGCUCGCACCGCGUCGACCAACCUUGGCAGUGCAAAUGGCCAGAGAGUGUUGGAAGGCAAGAUGGCCAUUGUCACCGGUGCUUCAAGAGGUAUCGGUGCCGCAACAUGCGAGAACCUCGCCUCCAAGGGCUGUUCGCUCGUCAUGAACUACACGUCCGACUCGUCCGAAUCCAUCACCAAACAACUGGCCGAGCGCCUCGAGAAAGAGCAUGGAAUCAAGGCAUUGCCCGUACAAGCAGACAUGGGCAGUGAGAACGGACCCGCACACCUCAUCGCCACAGCACUGAACCACUUUGCCCACCCCAAGACCCGCAAACUGCAAAUCGACAUCAUCAUCAACAAUGCUGGUGUGGCAUCAAACCUUCCCGUCGAGAAGUGCAAUGCCGAGGACUUUGACUUUGUCUACCGUGUCAACGUCAGAGGCCCUCUGUUCCUUAUGAAGGCUGCUAUUCCGUACUUGCCCACCGACCGCAGUGGUCGCGUUGUCAAUGUUAGCAGUGUCAGUGCUAGCUGUGGCUUCAGCGAGCAGAGUGUCUAUGGUGGCUCAAAGGCUGCUGUUGAGGCCAUGACACGCACAUGGGCUCGUGAGUUGGCCGAGAGAACUACUGUCAACGCCAUCAACCCCGGCCCCGUCAUGACUGACAUGUGGAGCGGAGUCACACAAGAGUUCCAAGAGGGCAUCGCACCAUGGCUCAAGAACACCCCUCUAGCAGCAGUCCGUAAGGGCGUUGACAGCGAGGAGCUAGUCAAGCAAGCAGAGACCGCUGGUGGAAGACCUGCAUACGAACACGAGACCGCUGGUGUCAUUGCCAUGCUCUGUACUCCAGACGCCGCAUACACCACUGGCUCCGUCAUCAGCUGCAACGGAGGGUUCAAGUUCAGCACAUAG